CCUGAGGAGAAGCGCAGGGCGCGAGGGGCUGGAAAAAGGAGAAGUGGGAGCGAGAAGCCGGAGGAGGCGGCCGGGAGCCUCCAGCCUUCUGCGGCCGUGCCUGGGCCGCCUACAACCUCGUGGCGCUUCCUGGGACCCGCGGCGCUCCAGGCUUGGGCAGGCGGGGCGCGCCCACUGCGCUCAGAAUGUGGCAGCGGACACUGCCCCGGCCUCGUGCGCCCUGGCCCUGGGCGCUGGCGCUGCUGGCCCUGGGCGGCGCGGGGCUGUGCCAUGCCAGCCCGCAGCCAAGGCAUCCCGCGCGGCCCAGCGCCAGGAACAAGAACUGGUGCGCCUACAUCGUGAACAAGAAUGUGAGCUGCUCUGUGCUGGAGGGGAGCCAGAGUUUUAUCCAAGCUCAGUACAACUGUGCCUGGAACCAGAUGCCCUGUCCGGCUGGGCUGGUGAAAGAAUAGCUGGUAAGCAGAUCUGUCUUCGGCAAAGCAAAGGGACAGGUUGAAACUCUUACUUCAAAAACCUUAUUCCAGAAGGCAACAGACCAGUGUUCAGGCAUGUGAGGUGGGAGUGGGCGAGGAUCCACCCCACAUGGGCUGCUGGGAAAUGGCAAACAGGAAAGGGAUAAUUCCUGCAAGGCAAAAAUACCCUCUGAAGGGAUCCCCACUUUUUAAUACAUAGAGAAACAGACUGAGGUUGAAUCCGUGUCUGUCACAUUGAGUUGGAUACAAUGUCAGAGAGAUGCAGUACUUUUAUACUGUCUGUCUGGUCAGAGGGAAGGUUCAGUAACAUACAGACCUCACAGUCUUGGCCAUCGACACUAGAACCAAGACAUUUUCUGUAAGAUUAUUACAUUGUGGUAGAGACAUGAAGUAAGUACUGAACACCGUUUGGAUGGGUUUGUUUAAAAUUAGAAUGGAAUUAUUAGUCAGGAAUAUUUCUGUUAUUUUACACAAGAACUACAUUUUGUAGUUGACUAUGGUCUUAAUACUUGUGAAAACUCAAAGAUAACUUAAUUUUUCAUUUUUGGAGGUAAUAGUUUUCAUCUAAAAGGUAGCUUGUUUUUUAUUCUCAAAUUAUUUUAGCUGUUUGGAAAAUCAAAUGGUGAUUCCAUUAUUGUAUUUAACCAAAACUCGGUGAAACAGAAUCAUGGUCAGCACUGGGGUGAACACCUCCAGGUCAGCAGGUUAAUGAAAGGCGAUGGAAGUCUACUUUUGCCACCUAGAGAGAGUGAGAAGGACAGCAAAAAUUGCUGUCAAAAAUGACAGAUGUUUCUGUUGUUUAUUUAAACAAAGCCAAAUAAGCAGCCUGGAUAUUUUUUAACAAUGUCUACGCAAACAAUUCAAGUGUGUUUUCACACUUGACGAACUGCAUUGUUGUUGUUAGGUGCCACUGAGUGGGUCCCACCUCGUAGUGCGCUAUGUACAACAGAAUGAAAC